UCCCUUUUAACAUGACGAUAGAUCAAUCAAAUAUAGAACGCUGCCGACUGGAGAGCAGGAAGCAUUCAAAACAUGGUCCCCAACAGGCUUCUCGUUCUCUCCCUGACCCAACUGCUCUUGGGCUUUAAUUUCAUGUCCAAAAUCUCCCUCUGCUUUCCAAAAAUAAGCCACUGCCACCAUGCUGAAAGGAGAAAAACAAGAAGGGUGGUAUUUUUAGGGCCAUUAAUUCUGACCACGUGCCCAGGAGGUGAACGGAUGGCUAUUGCACAAAGGCUUCUCAUCACUAUGUCCUACGAAGCCAGCAUCCACUUGACGUUCCCUGCCUUUGUUCUCCUGGGCUUUCUGGCUGAGAUUAUCUUUUCAUACCCAGUUGUCGUCAGAACAAAUGGCACCCUGUUGGACAGAGGAUGGGAGUCUAUCUUAUCCAGGUCCCUUGCUGGAAUGUCAGGGGAGAAAUCUGAAGUCAACUGGGAGACUGACUAUUUGCUAGGAAUCAAGAGGCAGCGGAGGCUUUACUGCAACGUGGGCAUUGGGUUUCAUCUCCAGAUAUUUCCAGAUGGACAGAUAAGUGGUAUUCAUGCUGAAAACCAAUACAGUCUCUUGGAAAUAUCAACAGUAGAGAGAGGUGUGGUUAGUCUGUUUGGUGUCAAAAGUGCACUCUUCAUUGCAAUGAACAGCAAAGGGAGAUUAUAUGGCACGGCAACUUUUCAAGACGAAUGUAAAUUCAAAGAAACUCUCCUUCCCAACAACUACAAUGCCUAUGAAUCAGCCAUGUACAAAAGCUUUUACAUAGGACUCAGCAAACACGGGAGAGCGAAAAGAGGAGGCAGAGCCUCUCUUGUUCAGACUGUCACACACUUUUUGCCCAGAUUAUGAAGAAAGACCAGAGUAAAAUGCAUUUAAAACUGCCCUAUUUCAAUUUGCACAUGAGAAUCAUCUCCCAGGUAAAGAAUAUAUAUUCACUCGUUUGUUACUAU